GCCUCUCACUCGCGUCGCCGCCAAGGUGGAGGCGGUGCUGCUGUCGCUGACCUGUCGGCGGCGGCUGGGCGGGAGACUGUGGGCCGCGGAGGUCUCCCUGAGUUGAGCGGAGGACGGACGGGACUAGAGGGACAGCUGCGGCGGGGCUCUAGUCUGCGGGAGGCGGCUACUAGCGCUGGCGGGUGGUGGGCCCCACAGGCCGCCGGAGCCCCGAACGCUACGCAGAACCCGCCGCGCCAGGCCUGAGCGGUGGGAGGGCUCUGUGGGGCCUGGCACUUGGGCCUCCCACCACGAGGGUGGAGCUGCAUUGGAUCCUCGUUCCUUAGGGACCGAAGGCUCCGGUGGCACCCGGGCUGUUUCUCAGAGGACAAUUAGAAACGUGUCGCCAUGAGGAGCCGGAGUAACUCUGGGGUCCGGCUGGAUGGCUAUGCUCGGCUGGUGCAACAGACCAUCCUGUGCCAUCAGAAUCCAGUUACUGGCUUGCUUCCAGCCAGCUAUGAUCAGAAAGAUGCUUGGGUCCGAGAUAAUGUGUACAGCAUCUUGGCUGUGUGGGGUUUGGGCCUGGCCUAUCGGAAGAAUGCAGACCGGGAUGAGGAUAAGGCAAAGGCCUAUGAAUUGGAGCAGAGUGUAGUGAAGCUGAUGAGAGGACUGCUACACUGCAUGAUCAGACAGGUGGAUAAAGUAGAAUCCUUCAAACAUAGUCAGAGUACUAAGGAUAGCCUCCAUGCCAAGUACAACACCAAAACCUGUGCCACUGUAGUGGGUGAUGAUCAAUGGGGACACCUGCAGUUGGAUGCUACCUCUGUGUACCUGCUCUUCUUAGCCCAAAUGACGGCCUCAGGACUCCAUAUCAUCCACAGCCUGGAUGAAGUUAACUUCAUACAGAACCUUGUGUUUUACAUUGAAGCUGCAUAUAAAACUGCUGACUUCGGGAUAUGGGAACGUGGAGACAAGACCAACCAAGGGAUCUCAGAAUUGAAUGCCAGUUCAGUUGGAAUGGCAAAGGCAGCCCUGGAAGCAUUAGAUGAACUGGAUCUGUUUGGUGUGAAAGGUGGGCCCCAAUCAGUUAUCCAUGUCCUGGCUGAUGAAGUACAACAUUGCCAGUCUAUCCUUAAUUCACUACUGCCCCGUGCUUCAACAUCCAAAGAGGUUGAUGCUAGUCUACUCUCAGUGGUUUCCUUCCCAGCCUUUGCAGUAGAGGAUAGCCAGUUGGUGGAGCUCACAAAACAGGAAAUCAUCACCAAACUUCAGGGUCGUUAUGGUUGCUGUCGCUUUCUACGAGAUGGAUAUAAAACUCCGAAAGAGGAUCCCAAUCGUCUGUACUAUGAACCAGCUGAGCUGAAGCUAUUUGAAAACAUUGAAUGUGAAUGGCCAUUAUUCUGGACAUACUUUAUUCUUGAUGGGGUCUUCAGUGGCAAUGCAGAACAGGUUCAAGAGUAUAGAGAGGCUCUUGAAGCAGUCCUCAUCAAGGGCAAAAAUGGAGUCCCACUUCUGCCAGAGCUGUACAGUGUUCCUCCUGACAGAGUUGAUGAAGAAUAUCAGAAUCCUCACACUGUGGACCGAGUCCCCAUGGGGAAAUUGCCUCAUAUGUGGGGUCAGUCUCUAUACAUUUUAGGAAGCUUGAUGGCAGAGGGAUUUUUAGCCCCUGGAGAAAUUGAUCCCCUGAAUCGCAGGUUUUCUACUGUACCAAAACCAGACGUUGUGGUUCAAGUCUCCAUUCUAGCUGAAACAGAAGAAAUCAAGUCCAUUUUGAAGGACAAGGGAAUUGACGUGGAGACCAUUGCUGAAGUAUACCCCAUCAGAGUACAACCAGCUCGUAUUCUCAGCCACAUUUAUUCCAGCCUAGGAUGCAACAAUAAAAUGAAACUCAGUGGACGACCCUACAGACACAUGGGAGUGCUUGGAACUUCAAAACUCUAUGACAUUCGGAAAACUAUCUUUACUUUCACUCCACAGUUUAUAGACCAGCAACAGUUCUACCUGGCCCUGGACAACAAGAUGAUAGUGGAAAUGCUUAGAACAGACCUCUCCUACCUCUGUAGCCGCUGGCGGAUGACAGGCCAGCCCACCAUCACCUUCCCCGUCUCACACACCAUGCUUGAUGAAGAUGGAACAAGCUUGAAUUCAAGUAUCCUGGCAGCACUCCGAAAAAUGCAAGAUGGCUAUUUUGGUGGGGCAAGGGUUCAAACAGGUAAAUUGUCAGAGUUUUUGACAACAUCGUGUUGCACACACUUGAGCUUCAUGGACCCUGGACCUGAGAGUAAACUGUACAGUGAAGAUUAUGAUGACAACGAUGAGGACCUAGAAUCUGGCAACUGGGUGAAUGAUUAUGAUUCAACCAGUCAUGCUCGCUGUGGCGAUGAAGUUGCUCAUUAUUUAGAUCACCUUUUGGCACACACUGCUCCCCAUCCUAAACUAGCCCCUACCUCACAGAAGGGAGGGCUAAAUUGGUUCCGAGCUGCUGUGCAAACAACCUGCGACUUAAUGUCCUUGGUGACCAAGGCCAAGGAACUGCAUGUACAGAAUGUUCACAUGUAUCUUCCUAUGAAGUUAUUUCAGGCUUCCCAGCCUUCAUUCAACUUACUUGAUUCACCUCAUCCUCGACAGGAGGACCAGGUUCCCUCUGUUCGUGUAGAAAUACACCUUCCUAGAGACCAGUCUGGAGAGGUGGACUUCAAAGCACUGGUUUUACAGUUGAAGGAGACCUCAAGCUUACAGGAACAAGCUGAUAUCCUCUACAUACUGUAUACUAUGAAAGGACCUGACUGGAACACUGAAUUGUAUAAUGAAGGGAGUGCUACAGUCAGAGAGCUUCUUACUGAGCUGUAUGGCAAAGUGGGAGAAAUUCGUCACUGGGGCCUGAUCCGAUACAUUUCUGGGAUCUUAAGGAAGAAAGUGGAAGCACUUGAUGAGGCCUGCACAGACCUUCUCUCCCACCAGAAACAUUUGACAGUGGGACUUCCUCCAGAACCUCGAGAAAAGACUAUUUCUGCACCUUUGCCCUAUGAGGUGCUCACUCAGCUGAUAGAUGAAGCCAGUGAAGGUGAUAUGAGCAUUUCAAUCCUUACACAGGAAAUAAUGGUGUAUCUUGCCAUGUAUAUGCGAACCCAGCCUGGCCUCUUUGCUGAAAUGUUUCGACUUCGAAUUGGUCUAAUCAUACAAGUUAUGGCAACAGAGCUGGCCCACUCCCUUCGAUGUUCAGCUGAGGAAGCCAUGGAGGGCCUGAUGAAUCUCAGUCCUUCAGCCAUGAAGAAUCUCCUGCAUCACAUUCUCAGUGGCAAGGAGUUUGGAGUGGAACGAAGUGUUCGUCCCACUGAUUCAAAUGUCAGUCCUGCUAUUUCUAUCCAUGAGAUUGGUGCUGUUGGAGCAACCAAAACAGAACGAACUGGGAUCAUGCAGUUAAAAAGUGAGAUAAAGCAGGUGGAAUUUCAUAGACUGUCAAUCUCAGCUGAGAGUCAGGUGAUGAAACAACUAGGGAUUAUUUAACAUGGUUUAACUUACCUUUAGUUCUAUAUAACCUGCAUGAGUUCAUGGCUUUUUUACAAAUAAUAUAACAAGUCAUGGAGUAGAUUGUUUGAAUUGCCUUUAUAAUAGUCAUUUUGCAUAUAGCUUUCCUUUUUCUGGACCAAACUACUUUGCUAAUUUUAGAAGGAAAGUAACUUGUAUCUGAUAACAAGAAAUUGAAACCCUGAGUUUCUCUUAUUAAGAAUGAUGUGGUUUUGGAAUUAAUUUUCUUUGUAAAACUAGAUUGACUUCAAGCAAAAAGUCUUUGCUUGGCCAAACUUUAGGUGAGCUUCUGAACCUUUUCCUAGGCCCAUUUGUGCACUUCCUUGUAAAAUCCAGUUUUAGGAAGAGAACCCUGCUAAGUCAGUUUAGCCAGAAAUCCCUAUCCUUGAUAUCUGAUCAUCCUUCACAUCUGAUCAGGCUCCUCAUCUUCUAUCACCCCUAGGUGACAUCCAAUCACCCUGGCCUGUCUUCAACAAGAAUCCUUUUAGGAUGGUUUAGUCAGAAUCCCUACCUCUGAUGUUUCCUCUUAGUAAUUUUCCAUCCCUUAUCCAUAAAUUCCCAGUUGCUUAUGUUGUAUUUGGAGGGGAGCCCAAUCUCUCUCCCUUACUGCAAGACCUCAUUGCAAUGGUUCCUGUACUUACUAACAGUGGUCCUGAAUAAAGUCUUCCUUACCAUGCUGUAACAAGUAUCAUUGAAUAUUUUUUUUCUUUAACAAGAUAUGCAAAAGGUGUUGUGGACACAUAGAGGGAGAAACAUCUAAAUCAGUCUGGGAGAUACUGGAAUUCACUAAGUACCAUGUUUGUAGCCUCUUAAUUUUUCCUGCAGGUGAGAAUAGAGUGGUUACAUUAUACAAAGAAAUAGUUAACAUAAGCUUCCAUAGCUUGUUUUUAAAACUCUAGGAAGUAAUGUGGUUUCAAGAUCUCCAAGUUGAGAAAAUACUGAUUUGGCCUCUUAGAAACACAUUUUAUGAAAAGCUUAAAACUACUCCUCCUGCUUUCAGAAUAGAAUUAUGAUAGCUUACAGUAUUGAAGCCUCUGGAAGAGGAGAGGUGAAAUGGAAAUUUGGAGUUUUAUUUUUGGUUUUAGUUUUUUAGCACUGGGGUUUCACUAUGUUGUCCAGGCUGGAGUGCAGUGGCUAUUCACAGGCACAAAAUCCUGGAUUCAUGCAAUCCUUCUACCUCAGUCUCCUCAGUGGGUGGGACUAAGGCAUGUCACCACCUUGCUAUUUGUUUUCUUUUUUAAAGGAAUUAGAAACCAUUUAGAAGGACAGUGAGCCAACGCUUGAAGCUUGAUUUGAAGUAGCUUGAGUACACUCAUCAAAUACCCUAUGGCAUUUAUAUUUAUGCAAGAAUAAGUAUGGCACUCAUCGAAUUAUCCUGCAGCUCUUGGGAUUCCAGUGGCUUUCUUCAUUGUUGGAGCCAGGCCUACAUGCCAGCAACCAUGUCGAAGGGUCCUGCCGUUCGUAUUGAUCUUGGCACCACCUACUCUUGUAUGGGUGUUUUCUGGCAUGGGAAAGUAGAAAUAAUUGCUUUGUGUGUGAUCAGGGAAACUGAAUCAUUCCAAGCUAUGUUGCCUUUACAGACACUGAACUAUUGAUUGGUAUUGCCACAAAGAAUCAAGUUGCAAUGAACCCCACCAACACGGUUUUUGAUGCCAAACAUCUGAUUGGACACAGAUUCGAUGAUGUUGUUGUCCAGUCUGAUAUGAAGCAUUGGCCCUUCAUGGUGGUGAAUGAUGCUGGCAGGCCCAAGGUCCAAGUAGAAUACAACAGAGAGACCAAAAGCUUCUAUCCAGAGGAGGUAUCCUCUAUGGUUCUGACAAAGGUGAAGGAAAUUGCAGAAGCCUACCUUGGAAGACUGUUACCAAUGCUGUGGUCACAGUGCCAGCUUAUUUUAAUAACUCUCACGGUCAGGCUAGCAAAGAUGCUGGAACUAUUGCUGGUCUCAAUGUACUUAGAAUCAUUAAUAAGCCAAAUGCUGCUGCUAUUGCCUACAGCUUAGACAAAAAGGUUGGAACAGAAAGAAAUGUGUUAAUCUUUGACCUGGGAGGCGGCACUUUUGAUGUGUCAAUCCUCACUAUUGGGGAUGGAAUCUUUGAGGUGAAGCCUACAGCCGGAGACACCUACUUGGGUGGAGAAGAUUUUAAUAACCAAAUGAUCAACCAUUUUAUUGCUGAGUUCAAGCACAAGCAUAAGAAGGACAUAAGUGAGAACAAGAGAGCAGUAAGACACCUCCAUACUGCUUGUGAGUGUGCUCAGUGUACUCUCUCUUCCAGCACCCAGGCCAAUAUUGAGAUCAAUUCUCUCUAGGAAGGAAUCGACUUCUGUACCUCCAUUACCCAUACCCAAUUUGAAAAAUUGAAUGCUGACCUGUUCCAUGGCACCCUAGACUCCAAAGAGAAGGCCCUUCAAGAUGCCAAACUAGACAAGUCACAGAUUCAUGAUACUGUCCUGGUUGGUGGUUCUACUCACAUCCCCAAGAUUCAGAAGACUCUCCAAGACUUCUUCAAUGGAAAAGAACUGAAUAAGAGCAUCAACCCUGAUGAAGCUGUUACUUAUGGUGCAGCUGUCCGGGCCACCAUCCUGUCUGGAGACAAGUCUGAAAAUGUUCAAGAUUUGCUGCUUUUGAUGUCACUCCUCUUUCCCUUGGUAUUGAAACUGCUGGUGGAGUAAUGACUGUCCUCCUCAAGUGUAAUACUACCAUUCCUACCAAGCAGACACAGACCUUCACUAGCUAUUCUGACAACCAGCCUGGUGUGCUUAUUCAGGUUUAUGAAGGUGAGCGUGCCAUGACCAAGGAUAACAACCUGCCUGGCAAGCUUGAACUCACAGGCAUACCUCCUGCGCCCCAAUGUGUUCCUCAGAUUGAAGUCACUUUUGACAUUGAUGCCAAUGGCAUCCUCAAUAUGUCUGCUGUGGACGAGAGUACAGGAAAAGAGAACAAGAUUACUAUCACUAAUGACAAGGGCUGUUUGAGCAAGGAAGACAUUGAACGUAUGGUCCAGGAAGCUGAGAAGUACAAAGCUGAAGAUGAGAAGCAGAGGGACAAAGUAUCAUCUAAGAGUUCACUUGAGUCCUGUGCAUUCAACAUGAAAGCAACUGUCAAAGAUGAGAAACUUCAAUGCAAGAUUAACGAUGAGGACAAACAGAAGAUUCUGGACAAGUGUAAUGAAAUUAUCAGCUGGCUCAGUAAGAAUCAGACUGCUGAGAAGGAAGAAUUUGAACAUCAGCAGAAAGAGCUGGAGGAAGUCUGCAACCCCAUCAUCACCAAGCUGUACCAGAGUGCAGGAGGCAUGCCAGGAGGAAUGCCUGGGGAUUCCCUGGUGGUGGAGCUCCUCCCUCUGGUGGUGCUUCCUCAGGGCCCACCAUUGAAGAGGUUGAUUAAGCCAACCCAAGUAUAGAUGUAGCAUUGUUCCACACAUGUAAAACACUGAAGGACCUAAAUUUGUAGCAAAUUCUGUGGCAGUUUUAAAAAGUUCAGCUGCUAUAGUAAGUUACUGGGCAUUCUCAAUACUUGAAUAUGGAACAUAUGCACAUGGGAAGGAAAUAACAUUGCACUUUAUAAACACUGUAUUGUAAGUGGAAAAUGCAAUGUCUUAAAUAAAACUAUUUAAAAUUGGCAC